GUGAUGGUAACGUGGACAUAAACACUUCGCAUCUCUGAAUAUUUUUCCCAGAAAAAACACGGUCUCUCUCUUCUGUUCAGUUCAGAACUUCAAGAUACCUAAUAAGUCCAACGGGAAUCGAUCUUCAAGAACAAAACGAAAUCCUCUCUCUGUCUCUCUAUAUAUAUUAUGGCACUAACGAUGGAUGCUAUGAGACCGAAAGUUAAGCAAGCCGUGUUACUAUGGCUAGAUGGUUUCAGGGAAGCUUGUUGUCUUCACAGGGUCGUCUUCCUCUGCCUCAGGUCGAGGAUGCUCUUGAUACGAACUGGGCAGUGUUUUCUUCUUAAUGGCUUCCUUUUCUUAGGAAGUAUGUUGGUCCUAAAUUCAGUUGUCAUUCCAACUCUGGAAUGGAUAUUGCCAGAUCAAUGCCCAGAAUUUGGUUCUUUCAAUCAAUGCUCAUUUGUUGGGGUUGUAAAAUUUUAUUCCUUCUUACGUUCAGGAAUGAUUCAGCUUUUCUAUAUAUUUUGGUUUUAUCCACUAUAUGUUUUCAGCAUUGUACUGAGCACUCUCUGGUACAAUGACAUUGCGAAGUAUUCUUUCAUUGCAAUGGGCAAAGAUGGAUCAGCUAUAGUGAAAUCAUCAGUCCAGAAGGAGUCUGUAAACUCACAAGCUUCUGCUCAUAUGAAUAAGCCUCCUGGGCUUGGGGGGAUCAUAAUUGGAAUCGGAGAACAGGUUUAUUCACUCCUCCUGUUGAGCUUCUUCUUCCUUGAGGUUUUUGCUGCAGGGUAUAUACCCUAUGUUGGGAAGGCACUGAACUUCCUGCUUCUUUCUUGGAUGUAUGCCUACUAUAGUUUCGAGUACAAGUGGAAUCUUGCUGAGGUAGCUCUGGACAAAAGGCUCGACUUCUUUGAAUCAAACUGGGCCUUUUUUGCUGGUUUUGGAGGCCCUUGUGUGUUGGCAAUUUUCUUCUUCUCUCCUCUUGUGAGCUAUGGGGUCAUGGCUAUACUCUACCCACUGUUUGUGGUGAUCGCAACAGGCUCUGAAGCUGAUCACAUUAUGGAUUGUAACAGAAGAACAUGGAGAGGUGCCGGAUUAGGAAGGCUUCCAAUAUUUUAUGCUGCUGAUACUUUAUCGAUGCGGGUUUUGCAACUUUUCACUCGGGCACCUGAUGGGCGAACAGCAGACAUGAAGACCACCUGAGAAGUUCUUAUAGUGUGCUAAUCAGUAUUCAAACCCAUGGUAGCUCUAUGCAGUAUGCUUGCAGAAAAGAGUAUCAUGGCUGGAAAAGAUCUCUCAGCUGCCUCAUUGUGCAAGUUGUAUAUAGGAAGAGGCAAAAUAUUACCUUCCAUUUUUAUGUACAUUAAUUUGAUGUAAUGUUUAUAAACUUCCUCCUGCAUUCAGGAGUAUAGUAGGGAUAUGUUCAUUAAUAGACUGGAGAAUAACUUAAUACAGUGAAUGAGAAAUCACAAUAUGCUUUUUUCUCACAAGAAGAAUACUUUCAAGGAUUGCAGAAUGAGAAGAAAUUGUUGUUACUUCU